AUGAACGAACUUUUGAUUCAGCCCUCGGGCAUCUUCUGGCAAGACGAUUAUAUUACAGCCGAGCAUGAGGAAAAGUUAGUACACAUCUUUCGCAACGAGCUAUCAUGGCCAGACCGAUCUGGGCGACUGUCUCUCCACUACGGCUACACCUUCGACUACAAAACAUUCGGCGUGGAUCCCAACGUUCCCUUCAGCCCUUUCCCAGACUGGCUGGAGCCGUUGAUUCCUACACGCGAAGGCAGACCACCGGACCAAGUUUGCCUGCAACACUACCCACCCGGCGCCGGCAUCCCGCCCCAUGUCGAUACUCAUUCCGCAUAUGAUCAGCUAUAUGCGCUAUCUCUAGGAUCGCCCGUCAUGAUGCAAUUCGCCUUGCCACCAGACGAUGGCGAGGAAGGAAGGAUGGUGGAAGUAGAUCUUACCCCGAGGAGCAUGUUGCAGAUGUCGGGAGACUCAAGACUGCAUUGGAAGCACGGAAUCAGGAAACGGAAGACGGACACGUUGCCUGAUGGAACGGUGCGGAAGAGAGAAGAUCGGUGGAGUAUCACGUAUCGGUGGAUCAGGGAGCCGGCCAUAUGCGGCUGUGGGAACGCAAAACUCUGCGACACUGCGCAAAGAGAACUAGGCAUUGAGAAGGAGUAUCGUUGGAAGAAAGGCGACGAGGAUAUCGUAGCGGGCGAGGAAGAGAAGAUAGAAGCCAAGGCUUCUUGA